CUAUAAAAUUUCUAUGCACUUUCAGUAACGAACUAUAUAUAUUCGUCAGGAGGACAGGAGCUACAUUUCAUAAUCCACAUCAAAAACACAAGUACAACCCUGAAUACAAUUUUCGAGCCUUUAAUUCCGUCUAUAUCAGACAUCAAAAUCCCUGGAACAUUUAGUCUAAAAUUUUAUCAACAGCAGAAAUAACCGUGCUUUCUUGCAACAAACUACAAAGACAUACGAUACAUGUCGAGCAUCUUGCAUGCGAAUUUAGUUUGCAUUGAGAUUUUACUCAAAGUACCUGAAAACCUCAGUAAACCCAACAAAAGGUGGCAACGUGCUUUUGCUAGCAUCUAUUGUUCAAGAGCCCUACUUUCUCUUGCACCUAAUAAGAAACACAAUGAAGGUAAGUUGCCACAUUCUUAUUCUUACACUAUUCUUAACCUUGAACCACAUCAACCUUCCUUGAAUGUAGAUCAACAAUCUCUUAGCAAACUUACUAAACAAAAAGACCUCCAACAACUUCAAGAAUUCGGUGGAGUAGAUUCCAUUGCUAUUGCUCUCAAGACAAAUCUCGAUAAUGGUAUUCAUGGUGAUGACCAAGAGCUUGUAAAUCGCCAUGAAUCAUUUGGUACAAACACGUACAAAAAACCACCUUCACUAGGACUUUUUCAUUUUGUGUGGGAAGCUUUCAAAGAUUUCACCAUCCUUAUUCUUCUUUUUUGUGCUGCUCUUUCCCUUGGAUUUGGGAUCAAGCAGAAAGGUCCAAAAGAAGGAUGGUAUGAUGGAGGAAGCAUAUUUGUGGCUGUUUUUCUUGUUAUUAUUGUCUCUUCUCUAAGUAAUUUUAAACAAAGUAAACAGUUUGAGAAGCUAUCCAAACAAAGCAACAACAUCAAGAUAGAAGUUGUGAGGGAUGGGCGGCCUCAACAAGUUUCAAUAUAUGAGAUUGUUGUUGGAGACGUCGUCUGCUUGAAAAUCGGAGAUCAAGUACCAGCUGAUGGCUUGUUCAUCGAUGGGCAUUCGUUACAAAUUGACGAGUCAAGCAUGACGGGGGAGAGUGACCAUGUGGGCAUUGAUAGAGCUCAACACCCAUUCUUACUCUCAGGGACAAAGGUUGCAGAUGGUUACGGCAAGAUGCUUGUGACAUCAGUUGGAAUGAACACAACUUGGGGUGAGAUGAUGGGUGCAGUGAGCCGCAACACAGAUGAACAAACGCCACUACAAGCUCGGCUUAACAAGCUAACUUCUUCUAUAGGUAAGCUUGGUUUGGCGGUGGCUUUCCUUGUUCUUGUCGUAUUAUUGGUCCGAUACUUCACAGGGCAUACAACAGAUGAAAGUGGCAACAUAGAAUUCAACGGGAGCAGAACCAGUGUUAACAAUGUGCUCAACGCUGUCGUCAGAAUCGUUGCUGCUGCAGUUACGAUUGUUGUGGUUGCAAUCCCCGAAGGAUUGCCACUGGCAGUCACCCUGACACUUGCUUAUUCAAUGAAAAGAAUGAUGGCUGAUCAAGCCAUGGUUCGUAAACUCUCAGCAUGUGAGACAAUGGGGUCGGCCACCGUCAUUUGCACAGACAAAACAGGCACUCUCACCCAGAACCAGAUGAAGGUGACCAACUUCUGGUUAGGCCAGAAUCCGGUGGAACACAGUUCAGCCACUGAGAUUGCUUCAGGUGUCCUUGCAUGUAUCCAAGAAGGUGUUGGGUUUAAUACUACAGGUAGUGUCUACAAAGGUUCUUCUAGCUCUGAUUAUGAAUUCUCAGGGAGCCCGACAGAGAAAGCUCUUCUUUCAUGGGCAGUAUUGGAGCUCAACAUGGACAUGCAGAAGCUGAACCAAGUUUGCACAAUCCUUCAUGUUGAAGCCUUCAAUUCACAGAAAAAAAGAAGUGGCGUGUUAAUCAAGAGAAAUGAAGGGAAUAAUGUUCAUGUACACUGGAAAGGUGCAGCAGAAAUGAUACUAGAAAAAUGCUCUUGCUACUAUGAUGCGUCAGGAAAUUUGAAGCCUAUGGAUGGUGAUGCAAAGAAGAAUUUUGAGCAAAUAAUUCAAAGCAUGGCAGCUAGCAGCCUUCGAUGCAUCGCCUUUGCACACAAACAAGUAGCCCUAGAGGAAGGUGAAGCAAUGGCUCAAGAAAAGCUCACUGACGACAAUUUGGUUUUGCUUGGAAUGGUGGGUCUCAAGGAUCCAUGUAGACCCGGGGUAAAGAAAGCCGUUCAAGAUUGCCAAACUGCUGGAGUAAACAUCAAGAUGAUCACAGGAGACAAUGUUUUCACUGCACGAGCGAUAGCUGUUGAAUGUGGGAUCCUGCAAGCAGGUGACGACAUCGAUAGUGCUGUUGUUGAAGGUCCAGAGUUUCGCAACUACACAGAACUAGAAAGGAUAGAGAAAGUUGAUAAAAUACGGGUCAUGGCUAGAUCUUCUCCUUUUGAUAAACUACUGAUGGUGCAAUGUCUCAAACAGAAAGGCCAUGUGGUUGCAGUAACCGGUGAUGGCACAAAUGAUGCACCAGCACUCAAAGAGGCAGACAUCGGGCUUUCUAUGGGGAUACAAGGAACCGAAGUUGCCAAGGAGAGCUCUGAUAUUGUCAUCAUGGAUGAUAAUUUUGCUUCAGUGGCAACCGUUCUAAAUUGGGGUAGAUGUGUUUACAACAACAUCCAAAAGUUCAUCCAAUUCCAGCUUACUGUAAAUGUUGCUGCACUAACGAUCAACUUUGUAGCAGCAGUUUCAGCAGGUGAGGUACCCUUAACCGCAGUUCAACUCUUGUGGGUCAACCUGAUUAUGGACACCUUAGGUGCUCUCGCUCUUGCAACAGAGAAACCAACAAAGGAAUUGAUGUACAAGGCACCUGUUGGAAGAACUGAGCCGCUUAUUACCAACGUCAUGUGGAGAAAUUUGAUGGCUCAAGCUCUAUACCAAAUAGCAAUCCUCUUAACUUUACAGUUCAAGGGAGAAUCAAUCUUUGGCGUAGGGAGCAAAGUGAAGGACACCUUGCUAUUUAAUACCUUUGUGUUGUGCCAGGUGUUUAAUGAAUUCAACGCAAGGAAACUAGAAAAGAAGAACAUCUUUGAGGGGAUACACAAGAACAAGCUAUUUUUAGCCAUCAUUGGCAUAACCAUUAUCCUUCAGGUGGUGAUGGUUGAAUUCCUCAAGAAAUUCGCUAAUACGGAGAGAUUAAAUUGGGGACAAUGGGGUGCUUGUAUUGGCAUUGCAGUCGUAUCGUGGCCCCUAGGGUGGCUCGUCAAGCUCAUACCUGUGGCAGAAAAACCAUUUUUCAGCUUCAUAAAAUGGCAGAACUCAUGUUUCUGGAAGAAAAACCGGGUAGGAUCAUUCACUGUAUAGAAGAUAGAUAGAUUUGCUAAAAUUCUUUCAAGGCUUAAUUCUUUCAGUUACUUUAUACCAUAUGUAGUUAUGUACUAGUAGAUGUUAAGUAUAAUUUAUUUAUUAAUAUAUAUUUAAUA